GAUACCGACGUCUCUGGAGGAGAAUUCCUGGGCUAAUAAUACACGCCGCUUCACGUUAGCACGCUAGUUUGGGAAAAUGUUUGCUCUACUUGGCUGUGUACCCUGGGAACAAGACUUUCCACUGUAGCUACUUCGAACACGCAGUAACGCCCGGGUGUGUUGGGGUAUGGCUUCAGAAGACUGCGACUACGGGACCUUAAACCGCAGAAGUACUGAUCCGGAGGAACCCAGAGUCUUCAGGAUCGUCUUAGGGAAAAAUAAGGAGGUGUAUGGACCAGGGGAGUGUCUGGCGGGAGAGAUCGCGGUGGAAUUCUCCGAGGUCAAAAGGAUACAAGGUAUAGUGGUGGAGUUCCACGGGCUGGGGUCCGUGCAUUGGGAGGAGACUCGCGGGGGCAGCACACACUACAAACCCGUCACACACUUCGAGAACGAACAGGUGUAUUUCAACGACAGGACGACCGUUUUCGGACAGGAGUUAUCAGACGUUGAAGAAGAUUCAGUGGUUGUAGAGAAAGGCUUAAGAACGUUCUCGUUUGAGUACCAACUUCCCAGAAGACCGAUCCCGCCGUCGUUUGAGGGCGACCACGGCUUCGUGCGGUACUGGUUGAAGGCGGCCAUAAUUCGAGCAGAGAGAAACAACCAUGAGUGUAAAAGGGCGUUUACCAUCCUCACACCGUAUGACUUGAAUGACGAGCCAGAAGCCUUGCUCCCUGCAGAAGAGUCGUACACCUUCACGAUAUUUCCCAGCUGGUUCUCCUGUUUCCGGCCGCAGCCUAUCGACAUCCGCGCCCGGACGGACCGACGUGGGUACGUCCCCGGCGAGACCAUCGUGCUCUCUGCCUCUGUCAAAAACCACACCAACAAGCGGGUACAGGAAACGUACGCCAAGCUGGUACAGAUUGUCCGCUACUUCGACAACUCGGGAUUUUCGAUCACGACUGUGAAAGAGCUCCAGUCUGUGAAGCAGCACGGCGUGGAGUCCGCCACCAUGGCGCGCUUCCCUUCCAUCAACAUGCUGGUGCCCUGUGUCCCGCCCUCGGGGCUCAAGAACUGCCGCUUCAUCGAGAUACGAUAUGAAGCACAGUUUCUGGCGUCAGUGACGGGUAAGAACUCCGCUAUCAGCGUGUCUCUGCCCGUCCGCAUCGGUACCAGGCCGCUCAAACUCAGACACGGGGUCAAAACUCUCACGGACAUACCGGAGGAAGAAGAGGAGCCUAAUAAGGACGAGGCAGAGGUGAAGAACAAUGGAGCCAUUGCCGUGACGUCGGUUACAGGAGGCUACAACAUCCGGGACAAUCGGGACAGUCCAUUCAUCCACGGGGACCUCAUCUUUACACCGAUGUACAAUUACUACUGUAAUUCUGGUUUUUGACCGGCAGUUUAUGAAAUUUACUUGUAACAUGUAUUAAUGAUUUUUAUUUAUGUCAUGAUGAACUAUAGUCAACGUUUUGUUUUACAAAUGUGUACAUACACAUGUAACAUUAGCUGUUCACUUCAUCUGCGAGUUGUGUGCACUUUAGAUAUCCAGGUGUUCAUAACAUUCUCAAGAAGGGCGAGCCAUUUCUUUAUUGAGGGACAUGGUAAUCAGCAUUAAUUUCUAUGCAGUACAACGUUUUUUCAACCUUUAUUUUACCAUAAUCUAUGUAAAGCAAAAUCAAUUCGGUGAUUGAUUUAACACUUAAGGCAUUAUGGAUGUUUCAGAAUUAUUCAGUGUCAUGAAUUCUGCGCUCACAAGUGUACACACAGAAGACACUCAUAUGGUGCCUUCUGUUUUGCUAUACACAAAAGUCAAUAUUAUUGGAGAAGAGACAACAUGACAAAUUGACAAUAGAAUGACUUGAGAAGCAAUAAUUUAUUACCAUACAGCAUCUAGCUACCAUACGUGCCAUGCUGCUAUAUUCCAGCACAUCAAGCAAAGUAAUUUCCGCCCUCACAGAGGCAAUGGUAUAGGAAAACAUUUUUUUCAAUACCUUUUGACCAAACA